AUGUCUGAACGCAAGACGUACUUUCAGCCAGCUGAUGAUGUCAAACGAGCAUCGUAGUCAGCAUUUCCACAGAGGAAACAUCAAUCUCUGACUGUUCCGGUGACCGCGAGAGAAUCUGGAUCGUGAUUUCCACGGAACGAUCGGCAGGAAAGAUGGCGUUUUUCCAGCGGCGCGAAAACCGAAAAACCGAUAUUGGCAACAGGCCAAAGAUAAGUGAACCACGCGACCGCAGGCAGGACUUUCGACCGGAGCUGGAUAAACAAAAAUCGUGUAGGGUAGAUCGGCACGGCUGCGGUCUCGACAUCUGUAGAGUUUCCGCCACGGUGGAAGUAAUCGAAGCGCUCGGUUGA